AUGCCGCCCGUCUUCGAGACAGUCAAAUCCUUCGCUGAUGUCCCCGUGCACGCCGAUGGCGUCGACACCCUCGCCUUUUUGGAAGCCGCGGAUGGCCUCGUCGACAUCUUCGAUCUCCUCGGCAGCGGCGUCUUCGCCUUUGUCCAGACAGACCUCAGGAACAACAUCGCCGGCGUCAGGACCCGCCACGCGUCCCGCCCCGCAGACGCCCACACCCUCGAGGCCCUCGUCGCCGCAGAGGCCAGCGACCGCGACCGCACCGCCACCGCCUCCCUCGUCCGCCUCACCCGCGGCCUCGCCUUCACCUGCCACGCGCUCCAGAACGCGCAGGCAGACCCCGCAGCAGAGCUCCACACGUGCUUCCGCCGCGCAUACGACCUCGUCCUCCGCCACCACCACACCUUCCUCGUCCGCUCCGUCGUCGCCAUCGCCAUCCGCGCCGUCCCCCGCAGACCCGACUUCUACGCGCGCAUCGCCCAGGGCGCGGACCCCGCCGCCCUCGCGCGCGCCAUGGACCCCUGGCUCGCCGCCCUCGCCGCCCUCGUCGCACGCAUCGCCGCGUUUCUGCGCGCGGGCGGGCACGGGGAGGUGUGA